GGCUCAGAUUUGGUUUUCGCCGCUUUAGUCAUCCGAAUCGCCUGCCAUUUCCGCCAUGUCCUGGUCCGUCGCCUCCAUCUCGCCAGCCGCUGAAGCAGCGCUCCGCGCAAAGUACGCCGAUCUGCAGGGGCUGCGGGCCGUGUCUGAGUCGACGUCGGGCACGGCGGGAUCAACGGAGUACUGCGCCGUGUGCUGCCUGAGCAAAGACAUGGUGACUGUGCACUACUGUGAGGUCUCCGGCGGCGUGGUGAAGGAGGUCACCUGCGGAGGGGCCCAACGCUCGGACGUCGAUGGCAGCAAGGAGGUCGGAGCGUGGCCCCUCAUGGGCGACGCCAUCUUCAUCCCGUGGGUCGACCAAGUGGUCCGUGACUGGUUUGUGAGUUUCAGCUCCUGAAGCGAGUUUGGCUGGGUCGUCAAAGAUGAUGUAGAAGUCAGUGGGAUGAUUGAAACACAAAUGGAAUGGCGCAGCACAACCUGGUCAAUGGAAAAUCUUUGAUAUACCGUGGGGAGAGCAAGUCCCACAGAACAAAACCAAGAGAAAUGAAUAGUUUGAUGAACACAACCAUUGCUGCGACAGAUGCGGGCUUGAAGAAAUGACCCUGGGCUUGUACAGAGGAGUCCAGCGGUUUUACCAUCUUUUACCCGCUGCCGAUUGUUUCUCUUGGACUGGAGAGCUGAAAAGCCUCAGCGUCCUUUCGCAGAAGCUUUAGACCUGGAAGUGUUUUUUUCCCAUCCUCCAGCCUUGACAA